CUAAUUCUUUUCCCUCGUAUUAGCUCAUCGUUCUUCGAAAGUCGAUUCAGCAGCAAAAUCCUUUCUCCUCCAUUUUGGGGAUUUAGGGUUCGGUUCUUUCUCCUGAAAUGGCUGAUUCUCCUCGCAAAAGGUAUUCCCGCUCUCCUUCUCCUUGGGAAGAAAAGUCAAGAUCUCGCUCUCGAUCAAGGUCUAGAUCCCGAUCCAGAUCAUGGUCAAGGCCAAGAGGAAGGUCCAGGUCCAAAAGUCAAGGAAGGGCUGAAGUUUCUAAUCCUGGAAACACACUCUAUGUGACUGGAUUAUCUACAAGGGUCACUGAAAGGGACCUUGAGGAGCAUUUCUCAAAGGAAGGAAAGGUGAAGUCAGUUUUUCUGGUUGUGGAGCCCCGUUCUCGUAUCUCUCGUGGUUUUGCUUUUAUAACAAUGGACAGUCUUGAGGAUGCUAACCGCUGCAUUAAGAACCUUAACCAGUCUGUCCUUGAAGGCCGGUACAUAACAGUGGAGAAGUCCCGUAGAAAACGCCCAAGGACUCCAACACCUGGUCAUUAUCUUGGACUUGAGAGCACACGGGGUGAUGGUUAUCGUGGUGAUCGUGGUAGGUAUCGUGACCGUGAUGAAUAUGGGUAUCGAAGACCUCCAAGGCGCUCGCCAUAUAGAGGUGUCCGAGGUUAUUCUCCUGGGCGUUCUCCUUAUGCUGGAAGGUCAAGACGUCUGCGAUCCCGGUCAUAUUCUCCUUAUGAGAGGAACUAUCAUCGUGGUUCUAGAUAGGGGUUUCACAAGGCAUAUAUUGUUAACUCUUUGUCGAUGAAAACUGCUUGUAAGGAUCUAUAAGUUUGAUGUGGACUAGAAUUGAGGGUGUAAGGUGUUACAGUAGCAGUGAAUGAAUGUUGUACUUGUAUGUGUGAUGUGCCGUCACCUAUCCCUAUCAUUAGCUUAUUCCUGUAAUGUCGAUAAAGCUGUAAUCUUUCUGAAGCUCUCCUUCGUUACAUGUCAUUUUGUUGUUGGCGUGGACUUAGCGGUGGUUUAAGAAAUCUGUUGGUUCAA